AUGGCUCUUGCCAACGACUCUCCUUCUGUCGCCGCGGUAUUCCAAUCUCUUCUCGCCCUGUCAUCCGUGCAUCGAGAUGGCUUGCAAUCUCAGGCCGCAGACCUUCAAGUUGCCACUCUCAGAGCCCUUGUAGUCGCCCCGAAGAGCGAUGAUAUCGGUUCCAUGGAGGCAGCACAACUUGUCGCUGCGGGGAUGCUAUUAUGCUCCUUCGAAAUCAAACAUGCAUCUUGCACAUCCGGUCAAUGGAUCACGCAUAUGCCAGGCGCAAAACCCAUGAUCAGAGUCUGCCAGCUGAAUCGACAUAGUGAGUUCAGCACCCUACUGGACUGGGUAUACUACCACGAUACCCUGUCACGGUUUAGUAUGGUCUACUGGAAUCCUUCAUUUUUACAUUCAGUAUCAGACGAGUCUAUAUUGGAACCGUGGGAUUCAUCUGUGUAA